AUGCUAACUCCUUCCUACUCUCACUUAGAACAAGAGAAACACGAACUAAGAAGACGAUUUGAGAACCGAGAAGGGGAAUGGGAAGGGCGCGUGUCAGAGCUGGAGAGUGAUGUGAAACAACUUCAGGAUGAGUUGGAGAGGCAGCAGGUUCAUCUACGGGAAGCAGAUCGAGAAAAAACACGGGCUGUCCAGGAAUUAUCAGAACAGAACCAGAGGUUAUUGGAUCAACUCAGCAGGGCCUCAGAAGUUGAGAGACAGCUCUCCAUGCAAGUCCAUGCCCUCAGAGAAGACUUUCGGGAGAAAAACUCCUCGACUAACCAGCACAUCAUCAGGCUUGAAAGCCUUCAGGCUGAGCAGGUUCUUGAAAUCAAAAUGCUGUCGGAUCGGAAACGGGAGCUAGAGCAUCGUCUCAGUGCCACCUUAGAGGAAAACGACCUGCUCCAGGGGACUGUGGAGGAGCUACAGGACCGGGUGCUGAUCCUGGAGAGGCAAGGCCACGACAAAGACCUCCAGCUGCACCAAAGCCAGCUGGAGCUCCAGGAGGUGCGGCUCUCCUACCGACAGCUGCAGGUGAAGGUGGAGGAGCUCACCGAGGAGAGGAGCCUGCAGAGCUCUGCCGCCACCAGCACGUCCCUCCUGUCUGAGAUCGAACAGAGCAUGGAGGCUGAGGAACUGGAGCAAGAGAGAGAACAGCUGAGACUGCAGCUCUGGGAGGCCUACUGCCAGGUCCGCUAUCUCUGCUCGCACCUCCGGGGGAACGACAGCGCUGACUCGGCCGUCUCCACGGACUCCUCGAUGGAUGAGUCUUCGGAAACCUCAUCUGCCAAGGACGUGCCAGCCGGCAGCUUGCGCACGGCCCUCAGUGAGCUCAAGAGACUGAUACAGAGUAUUGUAGAUGGCAUGGAGCCCACGAGCUCCCGGAGAAUUGAUGAUGACUCCUUAGAAGAACAGAUAAGGCAGACCAGUGAGGACUCAAGAGCCCUAAGGGAACUCAUGGAGGGAGAGAGGGGUAAACUGAGGCAAAGCCUAGAGGAGCUGCAGCAACUCCACAGUCAGGUGACACUGCUGAGUGUGGAGAUGACUGCACUGAAGGAGGAGAGAGACCGACUCAGAGUGACGUCUGAGGACAAGGAACCAAAGGAGCAGCUUCAGAAGGCCAUCAGGGACCGGGAUGAGGCCAUUGCGAAGAAGAAUGCUGUGGAGCUGGAACUUGCCAAGUGCAAGAUGGACAUGAUGUCACUGAACAGCCAGUUGCUGGAUGCCAUUCAGCAGAAACUGAACCUCUCACAGCAGCUUGAGGCGUGGCAGGUAAAGAGCCCUGAGACCCUGGGGUGA